UCACAGGUCACCAGACAUGCGUGCUGGUCGGUCGGUAUGGAGACUUGGAGCCGCGCGACUCUUCAUCUCACCUGCUUGAACCUGGCGUAAAAUUCACCUGCCGCAUAACACAGGCCAUUUCAUUUACCUGUCAAGUUAUCUUGUGAUACAGAGGGGCCUCCAAAAGGUGACAUUUGAACUAAGACUUGAGAGAGCGAGCCUGUCUCGCGCUUCUACAGGUGUCAGGAUGCCCGGCAACAUGCUACUCGGCUCCAUCCAGAUCUCAGGUGAACACCUGUCCACGGUGGAGGUCCGAGACAUCUGCGACUCCUUAAAGAAUAACUCCACCCGCCUGCUCAGUCUUAGAGGGUGUAAGAUCGACGACGAAGACUUCGGGCCGCUGGCCACGGCGAUUGGGGAGAGCAAAUCCAUCGUGCAGCUGAACUUGAACCUGGGCGUAGUCUCGGAUAUCAGUCGAGCGAGACUUCUGGGAGAGGCGCUGACAAGGAAUAGAUCGCUAAAUUCAUUGUUCCUCCAUGGCAGCCCCCUGGGUGAUGAUGGCCUGACUGUGCUGAUCCCAUCACUGUCCACCCACCCCUUCCUGACCUCAUUGGACCUGGGGGACUGUCGGCUGGGGGAUGGCUCCAUCAAACUCAUCAGCACAUUGUUACCUCCUGAUGGAGCCAGACAAGGAAUCCAUGACCUAACCCUGAGUGCCAACCCAGCCAUUACUGCACGAGGUUGGGCCCAACUGUCAGUGGCGCUGUCUAGCAGCUCAACCAUCAGAACUCUGUGUCUGGACUAUAACUCCAUUGGAGACUAUGGAGCUGGGAUGCUGGCCGUGGUUGUGGCAGGCAGCAGGACACUAGAGGUGCUCGACUUGGAGGGGACUGGGAUGACUGAAUUUGGGGGACAGGUGUUCCUGGACCUGGUGCAGAACUACCCUGUGACCCUGAAGCAGCUGGUUCUGUGUGAGAACGGUGUGAGUGAGGAGACACAGCAGCAGGUCAACAGCUGCCUGUCUGUCAACACAGAGGACACAGCUCAAGAGGAGGCUGCCCCAGCAGAACCUGGCCCAUCCACCAGUGGAAUCCCCCGCAGGUCACAUGACAGGGACACGGCAGCAGCUGCUGUGGAGGCUUAAAGCGGAUUCAAGCAAUAUAACUUUCAGCCAGCAAUCUAAUAGUGCCAUGUGGCACCAGAUUUGUACUACAUGUAGUUUCCUACUAUAUACAUGUAUGAUAUAUGUGGCAUGAUAGAAGACUAGAGGAAAAGUGCCAUCCAUUUUUUUUUACUGCCGAGUAGAAAUGGAUGGUUUGAAACGACCUCUACUCUAGACUGAAGGAAGACUAUGAAGUGUCCAUAUUCCUUGUAUGAUAGAGUGAUGUUAUUGCUUUUUGAGUGUUAGUAGUACAAUAUAGCCCCUCAACUGGAGCUAUAGAAUGUUUCUGCAUCAGUGGCAUUGAUGUACAAUGUAGAUAGUUGUUUUAUACAAUUUAUUUUCAUAUAAUUUAAUUUUGAUGGCAGAAUAGUCAUAUAAGAUGUAAAAAAUCAUAAGACAAGUCUUUAAUCAGUUGUAAAUGAUUUUUGACAAGAAAAACAUAUUUAGUCAACCCUUGCCUGGGGUUAAUGUAUGCAGGAUGCUAUGUUGACUGUAUACUGCUGACUUCAUCUUUU